UGAGGCUCCCGGGGCCCCAGUUUCAAAACCCUUGUUUAGGUCACUGUCCCUUCAUCCCAAGGUUUCUUCAUUAGCAGAAGCAAGUGCUCACUAUUCUUUUGUAAUAAUAGCUUUAGUGAAAAGCCUAUUCAAAAAAAAUGUAAUCAACUUUUUAGGUUGAGAUGGUUAGUCCAAAAAUAAUGCAUUUUAUGAACACGGAACGAUAAAUAUUCCUGGCUGUGUGGCGGCAUUACGAAUAAUAUUAAUGUUGUUAUGUUGAUUACAAACAAGCGUCAUUUGAUCGAAACCCUGCGCUGAUCACGUGAUCACGAGACGCUGUCAAGCACGUCAGCGGCGCGCGCCAGUGACGUAACACGCGCCGGCGUCAUCUUUCGCGCGUCUGGCGGGAAUCUGAGGCGGCUCGCGGACUGUCAACAAACCCAGAAGAGUUUGAUUCGCGUUUAUUUGAUCAUAAAGUGAUUUAUUCUGAUUUCUCUUCGCGUCAGCGUCAGGAGGGGAAAUGCAGGCGUUUUUGAAAGGAUCUUCAUCACAGAGUGUUAAAGCUCAGAAACCAUCUUCCUCCUCCUCCUCCUCCUCAGCAGCUGGAGAGAAGAAGCAGAAGGCGGUGCCGUGGGUGGAGAAAUACAGACCCAAGUGUGUGGAUGAAGUGGCGUUUCAGGAGGAGGUGGUGGCGGUGCUGAAGAAGUCUCUAGAGGGCGCUGAUCUGCCCAACCUGCUGUUUUACGGCCCUCCUGGAACCGGAAAGACGUCCACCAUCCUCGCGGCCGCCAGAGAGCUUUAUGGACCGGAUCUGUACCGUCAGAGAGUGCUGGAGCUGAACGCGUCUGAUGAACGAGGGAUACAGGUGAUCCGAGAGAAGGUGAAGAACUUCGCUCAGCUGACGGCGGCCGGAAAGCGCCCGGACGGGAAGCCCUGUCCGCCGUUUAAGAUCAUCAUCCUGGACGAGGCCGACUCCAUGACCGGCGCGGCUCAGGCGGCUCUCAGACGCACCAUGGAGAAAGAGUCUCGCACCACACGCUUCUGCCUCAUCUGCAACUACGUCAGCCGGAUCAUUGAGCCGCUGACCUCCAGAUGCUCCAAGUUCCGCUUCAAACCGCUGGCCAACGACAUUCAGCAGAAGCGUCUGCUGCAGAUCUGCGGGAAGGAGAACCUCAAGUACAGCAAAGAGGGCAUGGAGGCUCUGGUGAGGGUGUCGGAGGGAGAUCUCAGGAAAGCCAUAACGUAUCUCCAGAGCGCCGCCAGACUCAACACCGAGCAAGAAAUCACUGAGCAGAUCAUCAUCGAGAUCGCUGGGGUGGUUCCACCCAAAGUGAUCGAGACGCUCCUCCAGAUCUGUUACAGAGGCACGUUUGAGAAGCUGGAGCUCGCUGUGAAGGACAUGAUCGAUCAGGGAUACGCCGCCACCAACGUCCUCAACCAGUUACACGACGUGAUCAUCGACGAGAAGCUGAGCGAUAAACAGAAAUCUGUCAUCGCAGAGAAGAUGGCUGAGGUGGAUAAGUGUCUGGCAGACGGCGCAGACGAGUAUCUGCAGUUACUGAGUCUCUGCUCUGUCAUCAUGCAGCAGGCCACACACAACAGCUGAGCGACCAAUCAGCUGCCCCGAUACACCUGAGCGACCAAUCAGCACUGGCGCUGAUUCCACACACGGCUGCCUAGACUGUUGUUUUCAACUUUUUGUACAUGUAAAGUUUAUAAUUAAAAACAGUUCUUUCUAA